CCGCAAGCAAAGCACAGCCCUAUAUAAGGUAAACGAGUCACCAUGAUCACCGGCCUCGCACAUAUCAAUCUUCUUGUUCCCGAGGGUUCCCUCCCCGAGGCCAACGAAUUCUACGUCCAAACCCUCGGGCUCACAGCCCGUCCAGUCCCCCAGGCGCAAGUGGAAACGACGGCGUGGUUCGACAUCGCAGGAGGUCCCCAGCAGGUACAUAUCGCAUUCGGGGUAAACGAAUCGCUGGAUUCCACGCGUCAUCCAUGCUUUAAGAUUGGAUCCCUGGAAGACCUCCAGAAGUUGCAGCAGCGGAUUUGGGACCACCAUGUUCGUGGAGGACGAGCUGCGCCGAGGGAGGCGGAUAAGCCUGGGGAGGCUAUUUCUGGUGAGAUGACCGAGGAGUAUCCGACUCGGUUCUUUGCGAGGGAUUUUGCGGGGAAUAGGUUGGAGUUUAGUUUGUAGUUUGGCUUGGUUUGGUUUUGUUGUUUGCGUGGGAUAGAUGGUUUAUGUGAUGAUUUUGAUGAAGCGAUGUGUAAUAGAGGAUAUGAUAUAUGCAUGAAUUU